AUGGCAGAGCCAGACAGCAACCCGUUCGACCAGCCCUACCCCUCGAACGGCACACCCUCUGCCCCUACCCCGCCGCCCGGCCUCGUCGUGCCUACACCCCCUCCUCGCCUGGUCAUCCCCGACGACUCACCGCCCUCGUCAGACUCUCGCCAGGCUCACGACAGCGAUGGAGGAUACUUGCACGAGUCUGUGACCUCGAACGGGUCGGCGGAUGAAGGGACGGCCUCGUCGCACACCAUGCUCAACGCGAGCCAGGGAACGCAGGCAUCGGGCGCGAACAGGCGCGUCCAGUGGCCCGCCAACCUGCCAGACCAGAAGGGUCACUCGCACGUCGCCAUCGACAUGGCUCAGCAGGUCCCGACCUCGCCGAGCGGCCGCAACUUGACUUCGCCCGGCGCGCAAACUGAACUCGUUCGCGCUCUCGAGGCGGCUGCCGACGCUGGUACGGACGACGAUGACGAGAUCGAGCGACGUAGCCGCUACAUUGGCGGUGAAGGCGGCGCGUCGCGCGCAGCCAGCUCGGACGGCGACCCCGAAGAGCGCCUCGAGGCUCUCAAGGACAACAUGGAGGUGUUCGUCGAUCCGGGCGAGCGCGACGGCUUGCCUUCGACCUCGAAGCGCGAUCCGGCCGAGAAGAGCACGCGUGCCGCCUGGGGACUCGUUCGCGGCUUGACGCACGGCGGACACUUCCACUCGAGCCUGCGCCGCCGCAAGCAGAGCGAGGCGCCCGCCGCUCCCGGUGGCUUCACGAGCGGUACUGGUGCGAAUGCGGAGGACGACAAGAAGGGCGAGGGCGAGGAGGAGGCGAAGAGUACCGGAGAAACGUUGCGCGAGCGACUCAGGCGGGCCGACGUCCAGGACCUUCCGCCUGACGCCAGCUACGCCUCGAACGGCCUCGGCUCCGGCGGCAUUCUCUCGGCUCUCAUCGCCCUCCAGCAACAGCAACAAGCCGCUGCUCGUGGCGGUUCGGCAUCUGUUUCGGGCGCGACGACGCCCGCUUCCCUCGGCCCUUCUUCGCGCGCUAGCUCGAUCGCCGAAGGGGACGACACCGACGAGGAGGAGGAGGAGGCCGAACGUCUAAGAUUCCUCGCCAAGUUGCACGAGAAGCGGGCGCAGAAGAACCGUCUGCACAACCUCGCCGGCGGUCUCGCUAGCGGCGCGACGGGCGUCGCUGUCGGCGCGGGACGCGGUGCAAACGCCGUCAUCGGCACGGCUGGCCGUGGAGCAGGAGCAGUCAUCGGUACCGCCGGACGUGGCGCAGGCGCCGUCAUCGGAGGAGCGGGCAAGGCUGUCGGUGCGGCCGGCACGGCUCUCGGCGUCAACGCCGCCAUCAAGAGCCACUCGAAGACGCCAUCCGUCGAGCACACGCCCGCGACUGGCGAGGAGGGCGAGGCGAAGAAGCGCAGGGGCAUCCUCGACCGCACUCGCAACGCCAUGGGCCUCGAUGAGCGACCCGAGGCAGCCAAGUCGGGCGCAGGCGUCUUUGGCGGUCUCGUGCUAGGUGCAGGCUCGCUCGCCGGCGUCGCGACCCCGCAGCACGCCGCUCUCGCGCCAGACCCGACCAAGGCCGGUCACACCAUCAGCCGCUGGGAACUCGCCAAGGACGGCGGGCGUUCUCGCUCGGGCAGCGUGGAGGGCUCGUCGACGCAAGGUUCGCCCGUCGUCGCCCGCUCAGCCUUGAGCACGCCACCUCUCUCGCCUGGCCACGAGAAGCGCAACCCGUUCUCGCUCAGCCUCGGCAACCUCAAGGACCUGCCGCUGCACACGCCCAAGUUCGGCCACUCGCCUGGACACGGCUCGCCUCGCAAGGAGUUGGGCGACUACUUUACGAAGGAGACGGAAGAAGAGGCCGACCGCAAGGCGUGGGAGAAGGAGAAGCGUCGUCGUCGCAAGGCCCGCGAGAAGCGCAAGGCCCAGGAGGUCUUCAUCACGCAGCAUGUCGCCGCCAUCAUCGAGCGCCAGCAGUUCAUCAUGAAGAUGGCUCGCGCCUUCAUGAUGUUCGGCGCGCCUUCGCAUCGUCUCGAAGCGCAGAUGCAGGCGACUGCUCGCGUCCUCGAGAUCAACUGCCAAGUGAUUUACAUUCCGGGUGUGAUGAUGCUGUCGUUCGGCGAUGCUGCCACGCACACGUCCGACAUCAAGUUCUUGAAGCAGGCGAACGGCCUCGACCUCGGCAAGCUCAUGGCAGCUUACCUCGUCUACUUCAACGUCAUCCACGACCGCGUCUCGGUCACCGAAGCCUCGCGCGAGCUCGACGAGUUGAUGGUCUCGCCGCCCAAGUACGCCUUGUGGCAACAGCUCAUCAUUGGAGCGUGCGCCAGCGCCUUCAUCCAGCCUUCCGCCUUCUACGGCUCGUUCAUCGACUGCCUCAUGGCGAUGCCGCUCGGCUCGCUUCUCGUCUUGGUUCAGGUCCUUGUCUCGCGCAACGACCUCUACUCGUCUCUCUUCGAAAUCGUCAUCGCCUGCAUCAUCUCGUUCAUCUCCGCUGCGCUCGCCUCGACGCAGUACUUCUGCUUCGCCGCCGUCGUCUCCGGCUCGGUCGUCCUCAUUCUUCCCGGCUACAUCGUCCUGUGCGGUUCGCUCGAGCUUGCGAAUCGGUCCAUCAUCUCGGGCUCCGUCCGCCUCGUCUACGCCAUUUUGUACUCGCUCUUCCUCGGCUUCGGCCUGUCGAUCGGCAGCGAGCUGUACAACCGGACCGGCCUCACAAUCUACGGCCUCACCGACUACACUUGCAGCUCCUUGCGCGGAACGAACGCUAAGGGCUGGUGGAUGGACACGAUCCCGGCCUGGUGGUACUUCCUGACGAUCCCGAUGUUCUUGUUGACGCUCUCAGUCCGCAACGGUCAACCGCUCUUCCGCAAGGAGACGCCCGUCAUGAUCCUGAUCGGCUGUGCCGGCUUCGUCUCAAACUACUUCUCCGGCAAGGCGUUCAAGAACCGCUCCGACAUCGCGUCCGCCAUCGGGUCGUUCGCUGUCGGCUUCCUCAGCAACGUCUACGGCAAGUUCACGCGCGGCUCGGCCUUCGUCGUCGCUGUUCCAGGCGUCCUCGUCCAGCUGCCAUCUGGUCUCAGCAACGGCGGUCUUCUUCGCUUCGCCGAUGCCAACUCGUCCGACACCUACUCGAGCGGCUUCGCCACGGCCGAAUCGCUCGUCGAGGUCGCCAUCGGUCUCACAGUCGGCCUCUUCGUCUCCGCCGCAGUCGUCAAUCUCCUUCUCGGCGGAGGACGCCGUCGCGGCUCCAACCUCUCGUCCUUCUAG